CGCCGGGCGCCGGGAGAGGUGGCGGCGGGCACCAUGGCCGAGAGGCCGCAGUCCCCUGGCGGCGCGGUGUGCCCGGCCGCCUACCCCGACGCCCCCGCGGACUUCCCCCCGCACCUGCAGGCCGGCGCGAUGCGGCGCCGCUUCUGGGGUGUAUUCAACUGCCUGUGCGCCGGCGCGUUCGGGGCUCUGGCCGCCGCCUCCGCCAAGCUGGCCUUCGGCAGCGAGGUGAACAUGGGAUUCUGCAUCUUGGGAGUCAUUGUGAUGGCGACCACCAAUUCUCUGAUGUGGACAUUCUUUAGCCGGGGCCUCAGUUUCUCCAUGUCUUCAGCCAUUGCAUCAGUCACAGUGACGUUUUCAAACAUCCUCAGCUCGGCCUUCCUGGGCUUUGUGUUGUAUGGAGAGUGCCAGGAGGUUUUGUGGUGGGGAGGCGUGUUCCUCAUCCUCUGCGGCCUCAGCCUGAUCCACAGGGAGCUGCCGCCCAGCGGGAAGGCCCCCGAAUACAAGCAGAAGUAGCGGAAGGUGGAGAGACAGCACGGCGGCCCAGGCGCGGGAUGGCGUGUGGGGACCACCUCCCAGGGCCUUCUGACCAUCAGCCAGAGGGGGAUGCUGCCGCGGGAGAUGGGCCUCCGACCCGGCAGCCUUGAGGCUGGCCAGCCGCCCCUUCUGGAAGGGGAGGGACAGGUGCACUUGUGUUCAGCCUGAAGCCUUCUCGAGACGCCCGCGUGGUGCUUCUCACGCCCCCUGGGCCCACCCGGUGCCCCUUGGCAGACGCUGGAGACCCAAGGGUCAGUCUGCUGGGCGCACGGCCUUGAGGCCACGCUGCGGUUGCAGUCCUGUGGCCGAACAGAGGCCCAUCCCGUGACGCCGGGGUGGGUUCCGGUGGAGCUUUCCGACACCUCCACGCGGCUGUACUGGGGCAUCUGCGUCCUGCUUCUGCAGUCUGGCAAGGGAAGGGAAACUGGAUUAAUAAAUCCUUCGGUUUGUAAGUUAAAAGUAGCAGGUGUGCAAUCUUGACACUGUCCUUUUUUUUUUUUUUUCCCCCUUUCCAAAUC